AUGCCCCCAAAGAAAUCAAUCGAGGAUGCUGGCAGUCCGCCUGAAAAUAAGUGUGUAGUAACGCAAAGCCACCUCCUGCAGUACUCUUUUGUUCGUCGUGUAAUAGAGGAAAACGAGGACAUGUUGCUUGAGAUCGACGAACUUCGUGAAACGGUGAAGCGGCAAGCCGAACAGCUUAUUGCCGCUGAGUCGCGUAUUUGCUUUCUGGAGGCGCAGCUUCCUGUACCAGAGAAUAGUCCAGGCGCAGCGGAGACCGCGUCCGUUGCGAAUGGGGAUGCUGUUACUGAUUCUAAUGUUAUUGACAAAGUCGGCAUUCUGCGUUCCAUAUUGGGUGCCAUAGUGGCGUAUCAGUUUGGUGACUGCUACAAAAGGAUACGGGCUCGCACGCGGCGGGUGAUGCGCGAAGAUGGUAAGAGUUCUACAGAACCUGCAGUGGACGGGGAGGAGAAAGAGAAAGGGCAAGAUGAUGAGGAGGAGGAGAAGUGCGUGCUCGAGCGCGCGCUCCGUGAAUCUAACCGACGCCUGAAUGAGGCCUGCUGCCUCCUGCAGUCAUACCAAGACACACCAAGUUUCUCGGCAACCGCGUCCGACCAACUAGUAAUUGAGUCGAUGAUGCACGUGAUUUGCCUGUCAAAGAUGCUGAACGCCAUGGCGCUGGAGGGCUAUAGUUCCUCUGCUGCGGGGGCGAGGUGGUUACUCGCUGCACAGGGGCACCGUAUACGUGAAGUUGCUGACCUUGCAACGCCUCGUCUCCCUCCCGAACCACGAACUGAGUGA